UACUUUUUGUUUGAAGUCAAUAGUCCCAUUAGUGUUGCAGAUAUUGGACUUUAAAGUGGGAACUCAUUUUGUCCUUGAAGGCCACGACUUGAAACCCUCGUAUUUCAUCGGUUUUUGCUUGGACUAGUUCGAACCUUAAAUAACAUUUGAAAAGAACAAAGCUCUGAAUAGGCUACUUUCGGUUUGAAGACAAUAGUCCUAUUAGUCUUGCAGAUAAUGGACUUUAUAGUGGGAAGUCACUUUGUCCUUGAAAGCCACUACUUGAAACUCUCAUAUUUCAUCCGUUCUUGCUUGGACUAGUUUGAACCUUAAAUAACAUUUAAAGCGAACAGAGUUCUGAGUAUGCUCCUAUUUUUAUUUCAAGACGAUACUUCCAAUAGUCUACUACAAUUUUGGAUUUUAAUUACACGACCUUGAACAGUUCAUUGUGUUUAAAAAUUCAAAUACAGGGGAAUUUCUUUAUUUUUUUAAAUCUUUAUCUCGGGUAUGCGCGACUGGUUUUUCAACAAACACGGUUUCUUCGCUGGAAAUUCCCGCGAUUAUCUGCCAUCUCACUUGACCACCAAACAAUAGAUUCGUUAGUAAAGCGAAGAAUCUCGUCAUGUUUGUGCGGUCCAUUGUCGUUUUUUGUUGUUUUAUUUUGGUGACAGGACAGUCCGACUUCGAGGUACCUGAUGCCACCGUGGAAGCUUUCACCCCUAAAGGCUUAAGGGUCUCAAUCCCCGAUGUGGAGGGCAUCAAACUGUUUGCCUUCCACGGUAAAGUCAAUGAAGAAUUCAACGGAUUAGAAGGGGGAACUUUUUCACGGGAUAUUAAUAAGGCCAAAGGGGGCAGAUGGACCUUUUAUGAUUCACAAGCCAAAUUGAAACCCGGUGACGUGUUGUACUAUUGGACCUACGCGGAUUAUUUCGAUGGGCAACGGAAACUCGGUUAUAGGAAAGACGAUCAGGUGUUCACCGUCACAGAGCUGCUGCCUAAACCGGGAUCUAAUGUCACGGUAGUGCCAAAAGUUACCACUUCGGCACCUCCUACAGAUCAAGGGAACAUCCCAAACUGUGCAACUACUGUCAGGGGCCAAGCAGUGUGCAAUAAAAAACUAAUAUUCGACAGCGAUUUCUCGAAUUUCAAAAAUAACCGGGACCAACUAUGGACCGUUCAACGUAGAUUCGCCACAGGACCGGACUACGAAUUCGUAGCCUACGACGACUCGGCCGUUUCCCUUACAAAUGGCCUGUUAGUAAUUACACCGGUGCUCACCGACGCAGUAUUUGGGGAUAACUACGUGCUCAACUCUGAGGGAUUAGAUUUUGGAGAAAGGUGCACAAGCGUCAGGGCGUCCACUGAUUGCUACCAAAAAGCCUCGGGUUGGCGCAUCAUCCCCCCGGUGAUUAGCGGCCAAUUAACCACCAAAGGGAAGUUUUCUUUUAAAUAUGGAACGGUUGAAGUGAGGGCCAAGUUGCCCAGAGGAGACUGGCUUUAUCCCGAACUCUAUUUGAAUUCGGAAACGGACGAGUACGGUCCUUACUACGAAUCCGGUCAGAUCAGGAUCGCUUUUUCGCCCGGUAACAGGAACGCGGGCGGUCAAACCCUCGAGGGUGGACUGAUCUUGGGACAAAAUCCGGCAGCGAGAAAGUACGCCCUGAAGAGGCUCGAGAGCGCGAAACUUUGGAGCGAGGAUUUUCAUAAUUUUACCGUCUUAUGGACUCCCGAAUAUGUGAAACUGAGCGUGGAUAGUGUACCUUAUGGGACCGUUUUUCCUCCGGAGGGCGGUUUUGCCUCAUUGAGUGCCAGCUUGAACUUGAAGAAUUCCGAUAGGUGGAGGGCGGGCGGUAAAUUAGCUCCAUUUGAUAAAGAGAUGAAUCUGGUCAUCGGUGUGGGUGCUGGCGGUCAUAAUUUCGAAGAUCGCACGGACGGCUCCAAGCCUUGGGUCAAUACGCAGGCGGUGAGCCAAAAGGACUUUUAUAGGGCGCGGUCCCAAUGGCUCCCGACGUGGAACGGCGACCAUAAACUUCAAGUGGAGUACGUUAAAGUUUGGGCCCUAGAUUAAACUUUUCAUUACUGUGGCGACGUUGCAAUUUUAUUUGACAAGUGACAAUUGACACUGAUUACAGGCAGAUAUUAGGUUAGGUUAGUUUUCGUAAAAUAUUAUGUAUGUAAUUUAAAUAAUAGUACAGUUUUAAAUAAGCCAAAUGUAUAUAACUAUAAGUCUCGAGUUAGAGUACACUUUUUUUAAUAAUAAUUUCAUUAAUACCAAACCUAACCUCGGACUGUCAGUAUAAAGUAAAAUAAAACAUCAAGUGUUUGUA